AUGCCCGGGGAACUGGGGCCAAGCGCGUCUCCGCGGGCGCCGUGGAGUUCACCGCCGGUGCCGUCGUCCGCCUCGCCGCCGCCUCACCCCACGAGGGGCGACACACCGUCGCCCGCAACGGGGGCGUCCGCCGCUGGCGGACGACAGCACUCCAGCAUUGCCGAGUUCAUGCAAAGCCCAAUGCUUGUCAUUCCAAACCUGGACGUGAUGAAAGUGGCAGGAACGCCUCCGCCCCCACGCGAGGAUACGAGUUUGUUGCAGGAUUUGCAGGAACUGCGGCGUCGCGUGGGCAUGGCGCAGGAGGAGGUGUACGCGCAGCGGCGCGCGGUGGCGGAGCUGGAGGCCCAGGUCCGCUCUGGGAAGACGAAGGUGCUAACGCAGCUGUAUUCGGAUUUAUCGACGCCGCCGCCGCAUGCGGUGGGCAAAGAUGCGCCUGGGGGCAAUGCGGAGGUGGUAGACGGCCUGCUUGUGUCUGUGCAGGAGCAACUUCUCUGCCAGGUACGCAAGUUAGAGGAGGAGACGGCUAUGUGCCGGCUAAAUAACUCUGCGAAGGAGGAAGCACUCCGUGCCCUCUACGCCGGGAUUCUCAUGGAGGAAAAAAACCAGGAGGAGCGUGGUAGAGAACUCCGGGCAGAGGAGACGGUGUGCAAUACGCUGCGGCUUAAGUUGCAGGAGGCCCAGCGGCGUGUGUGGGACUACCGACGGCGUGAGUUGUUUGUUUCCGCCGCCGAGAGGAAGUAUUUGGAGCAGAUGGAGAGCAUUCACAGUCUGCGCGCGGAGGUGCGGGAGUGCGGGUUGCGCCUUCCAGUGCUUGAGGUAGAUGGCGACGUGACCGGGGCUGCCAUUCCGACGUGUAACCGAUUUCGUUGGGAGCAGCACUGCGCUAGAAGACUGCGUGCAGUGAAGCGGCCACCGUCGCUGGAAACGGAGGGAGUUUGCUUCGGCAGUAAACCCAUGGAGAGGGGCGUGGGCAAAGGGGAGGAGGAGGAUGAGGACGACCCGAACGCCACUGUGUCGCGGGUCUUUGCCUUCCCUCCGGGCACCCUGAGGUCGCUACACCAGGCGAUGUGCAGGGACGCAGGCGAAGGUGCGGCCGGGUGCGGUGGGCACCUCCAUUGCAGCGUAAGAAGCGCCGCUGCGGCGGAGCGGGAGGGCGGGAGCCGCGGUUUGCGCCAGCGCGCGCGGGCGCUUGGCCUCAGCUUGCAGUACCAGCAGCACCUGGAGGCCAAUCCGUACCUCUCCCGUUCCUCUGCAGGGGGAGGCGGGGUCGAAAGCGAAAAAGGAGCCAGCGCUGCGUCAAAUGGGAUGGAGAUGGUUAUUCGCGGUCAACGGCGGGCCGUCGAUCAGUUCCAGCGGGAACUUGAGUCCGCCGUGGCGGCGUUGCAGUCGUCUGACGGGGCAGAUGUGUAUUUUCGCGACUUCACCUCGCCAGAUGCGGAGAGACUUGGCGGCCGCGCCGACACCACGCAUGUCGGCGGGGCAGCUUCAGUUCCACGCUGCCAGCGCCGUGAUGGCCGUCCGGUGACGCCGUGGAGGGCGGCAGCAGAGUUGGCGCAGCUCAACGCCGCAGCUCCGUCGCCGCGCCGGGGGAAGGAUACCGGCGAGGCUGCGGAUUGCGCGGGCGGAUUAUCGUCAUUGUGCGAAGCGGAGGGCGCAUUCCGUCGUGUGUAG